CCGCCCUCCAAUUUUAUAGCUCCUGUGAGGACGCCGCUUUAAAUUGCCCUAAACUCCUUGAGACUGGCGCCUUUUCUUUAUCUUGGGGAAAGACGGACAGCUAAUUUUAGCACGCUUUGGAUCUGCACUUUCGCCUGCUUCAUUUUAAAUCAGGAUUACACCUCAACAUGAGUGAUAAGGGCACCAUCUCAACAAAAGAGGGAGCAGAGAAGAGGGGACGUGGAAGACCAAGGAAACAGCCACCGGUGAAAAGUGGUUCUGAUGAGCCCAGUGGGUCCCCUACCCCAAAGAGGCCCAGGGGAAGGCCAAAAGGCAGCAAGAACAAGGGCAAGAAGACACCAGCAGCCUCAACUGCAGGGAUGAAACGCAGGGGAAGACCUAAGAAGGAGAUAGUUCUGAUGAGGAAUUGACCAAUUUUGGCCUAAAACUGACCUGUGGCACUCAUCUUCAUGCGAUUCUGGAGACGGCAGGGACGAGGUAAGCAAUGAUUGUUGAAUUCUUUAAACACAACGCUCCAUGUAAAAUAAAACUAUUUAAGACUACAUAUAUGACAAUAUAGUUUUGCUUGUUUUGAAGUAGUUGUGUUUUGCAUUAAGGGGAAUGUGUUCAUUAGAUGUUUUGUGGUAUUACAUUUGUUGUUGAUUAAACUUAAACCUUUAGCUGUACAUAACUAUCCUUUCAUACUAACUCAUGUCAUAACUCUUUAAUUAUCUUUAAGGGAGAACAAACACCAGCGUCUUGUCAUCGGCAAAACGCUUGCUCUGUAUUUAUGCCAGGACAAAGAGCUGGAGCAGGCGAGAGGGAGGCUAGGAAAUAGUUCUUAUGCAAGGGAUAUGGUGGAAGCUAUGAUGCAACUCGUGGCCAGUUUUACGCCAGAGAUGUGUAAAUGUUUUAAGUCUGUAUAUCUCCCGGGCCGGAUUGAGCGCCAACGGAAAGAGCUCAAGGAACUCUUGGCAAGCAAGCCUGGACUGGACUGGACUGAGAGACUUAUUAAGGGCUGCUAUGCAUCACUAUGGAUGUACUGUUAUAGAGCUCAAAUCCAAUCAAAUUUUAUUUGCCACAUGCGCCAAAUACAACAGGUGUAGACA